GUUUCGUCCAUAAGAGGGAGUCAAGUUUCUUAUGGAGCAGUUUCGCCCACUUUCGCAACAGAACUGCAGAGCACAUUGACCGGAGAGGGCGAGAAAGAAUAUUGCUUGAAAACGAUCAUUUUCUCUCGCAGCGGAAACUGGAAACUCACAGGCUUGUUUGCAGUCGUCAGCAGUCGCUCGGUCAGUUCUGCUGUCAACCCCUCGUUUCCAAGUUUGACUUCCGCGCCUGCAGCUGAGGAACGAGCGCGUUCAUGAUCCCCGGGAAGCGCUUUCUUUUCUCACACCUGGAUUAACUCGAGGCGACGCUGCUUUUCUUCUGUCGAGUUGGCUUUGCGACGGAGAAACUUUGUUUUCAUCAGGCACGAUGCUGUGGAAAUUAGCUGAAAACGUGAAAUAUGAGGAAGACUGUGAGGACCGGCACGACGGAAGCAGCAAUGGCAACCCGCGGCUGCCUCACCUGCCGGCGGUCAGCCAGCACCUGUACAGCCCGACGCCCUCCCUGUCGCACUCGGCCGCCUCGGACUUCCAGCCGCCGUACUUCCCGCCGCCCUACCAGCCCAUCUCCUACCCGCAGUCCGGCGACCCCUACUCGCACCUGGGCGACCCCUUCGGCUCCCUGCACCAGUCCCCGUCGUCCAACCCGCAGCAGCAGCAGCAGCAGUGGCCGGGCCGGCAGGGCGGGGACGCGCUGGCCGCGCACGGCCGGAGCGGGCUGGCCGGGCAGAUCCUGGGUCUGGACGGAGGCUCGUCCGGCCUGAGGAGGGAGGCGUUCCGCCGGCCAGAGCUGCUGCCCCAGCACGGCCACGGCCUGGACUCCGCCGUUAUUGGGGAUAAUUUGGGGAUGCACGACCUGGGCCACGGACUGGAUGAUGUUCAAAAUGUAGAUGACCACAGUAUUAUUAUGGCAGAUCAGACUGUCAUCAAAAAAGUAUUAGGACUACGAGGUGGCAGGAACCUUGAUCGCUUACAGAGGACUUAUUAUCAGGGGGGCAUUCUUGCUGGUCCUGUCACACUACCCAAAGGCAACGCACUGGGCCUUCCCUUCCAGAAAGAGUCACUACUGGGCAUGGUUUCUAACCCCACAGAGGUGUUCUGCUCCGUACCCGGCCGUCUUUCCUUGCUGAGCUCCACGUCCAAGUACAAGGUUACCGUGGCUGAAGUCCAGCGGCGUUUGUCACCCCCGGAGUGCCUCAACGCAUCGCUCCUGGGAGGCGUUUUACGCAGAGCCAAGUCAAAAAAUGGAGGCCGGUCUCUGAGAGAAAAGCUGGAUAAAAUUGGCCUCAACUUGCCCGCAGGAAGGAGGAAGGCAGCCAACGUCACUCUACUUACAUCACUAGUAGAAGGUGAAGCUGUUCAUUUAGCAAGAGACUUUGGCUACGUAUGUGAGACGGAGUUUCCUUCAAAGGCAAUAGCUGAGUACCUGGGCCGGCCACAUGUGGAGCGCAACGAAGUCAACUCUCGCAAGAACAUGCUACUUGCUGCUAAGCAAAUUUGCAAGGAGUUCACAGAUCUGCUCACUCAGGACCGGUCACCUUUGGGAAACUCUAGGCCUGCGCCCAUCCUGGAGCCUGGAAUCCAGGGUUGCCUGACUCACUUCAGCCUCAUCACUCACGGCUUCGGCUCUCCGGCAAUCUGCGCCGCAAUGACCUCGCUUCAGAACUACCUGAAUGAAGCACUCAAACAAGUGGACAAGAUGUACCUGAGCUCUGGCAACGACACUCAGGGAUCCUCAGAAAGUGGAAGCAAGUCUACUGACAAAAUGGAAAAGCACAGGAAAUGAGAGCUUUAAAGGAGAAUCUCUGUGAACUUCAAAAUCCCAGAAUCCCUUAAUCUUCCUGCCCCUGUUUGCCCUUUUUUGGACUUAAAGAAAAAAAAAAAAUCAAUAUUUAGUAUUGUUAUUUUUAGAGCUGAGUUUUUUGCGCGUGGGUGUGUAUGUGUGCUCGCGCUGUAAAUUUAUAUUUUUGAGAAAUUGCGGAUUUUUAGCUUUUUUUUUUUUUUACCAGCUGACUGGAAAUCAGACGGUCUUGAAACCUGAUGGUGAAUGCUCUGGACUCCCUCUGUGAAAGAAUAACACGCCAUAUUAUACUAACCACUAUGCAGUUCUAUAAAGUUGCCAAUGGGCUGAUGCUAAAACUGUUAACAAGAAGAGGAAAAGCAAAGUUUUUUUUUUUUUUUUUUUUUGCAUUUUAUUUUUCCUUUCCCUCUCCAGAGGACAUCACUUCAAGAUGAGUUUCUAUAGCUGUGAAUUCCUCUCAGCUUUCCCCUCCUCCGCUGUCUGGAGGCAAAUCCACUGAUUUCCUGUGUCUCAAUGGACCUGCAAAGGACAAUUUCUAUGUGUAUGCAUGUGAGAGAGAGAAGAAAAUCAACUUCCUUCUCUGUAUUUUUUUGUGCUUGGUUUGUACAACCACUUCAGAAUGACUUCAGUGUUAUUGUGCUUUUUCUUCAUGGGAGAUGAUUUAAGUCUUGUGUUGGACGACUGUGUGCUUGCUCAGAAGCCAGAGACUUCAACCAGAAACCUCUUCAGUGUUCAUGUGGAUUACAGGCAUAUUUUAGACAUGGCAGUGAGAAUGCAAUCGUUUCAUUACAAAAGUAUUCAUCGGCCCGGGUAUUUAAAAACUACAAGUCGAACCUACAAGUACACUAAGUCCCACCAGAGUUUGUGUGUGUUGUGAGAAUGUGUAAAUGUACAUAUUUGUUUCUUUAAAAUGUUUUUAAUUAGACAUUAAAUUCCAAACACAGAAUUUUAUCCAGUGUCUUGUCCUGGAUGUAAAUAUUUUCUAAUUUAUGUUGUAAUUUAAUGGGCUUAUGUAAAUAAUGGUAUUCUGGUGUAUUGUUUAACUUUUUAUGAUGAUGUGUUCAACUUUUAUAAAUGGGUUAGAUUUUUUGUUUUUUUAUCAAGUAGAAGUUAGGCAGUGGGCAUGAUUUACAUUUUUGAAUAUAUGUUAAAAGAAAAAAAAACUGUUUUAAAAGUUGCAGGAAAAAAAAAAUAGAAAUAAAAAGUCUCAAGUCUUAUCCGGUGUGUGUAAGAUGCUGCCCCAGCUCAACCAACACACAUUUUAUUGGCUUGUUUUUCCCGUAGCCUCCAUUUUCAGCAAUAUUUCACAGAUGAUGGUUAAGUCAUGUGCUGGAAGAUUUUCCUAUAAAUAAAAAGCAAAGAAAAUCCCCCUGCCAAACUAAUGGGAACAGUAGUAAUCAUUAUCUGCUCUCACUUAGCUUCACAAAUAGGCCGUGUGGCUCAGUGAAGGCGAAGACCUCAAGAACACAUCAUGUGAUGAGCAAAGAUGUGCGACAAAAA